CGAUAAGGUAAACAUUUUACAUUUUUCUUCAUAAUAUCACUAAUUAUAUUAUAGGUAUUUAGGUAUUUAGGUCUCAAGAAUCAAAUUUGUUAGUCUGUAUUUAUUUAUUUAAAAUUAUUUUCAUCUUAAUAGUUAUUAGUUUUUAGUUUUGUUACAAAUUUAUAAACUGUAGUUGUUGUUUCGUUGCCGAUAAGUAUUACGGGGAUUUGACUGAUCUCCGAAGUUAGUUUUUCAGUCAUGUCCGCCAAUAAAGCGGCCAAACCGGCUAAGAAAUUAGUACAGCGAUGUUUACCGUUCAAGCUGAUCAAUUCACCCGGUGACGAUGGGACUUCAAUGUGUCGCAAACGUAAACUCAGUGGUACUGAGAUUGACGAUUUGCAAGUUGAAAAUCCUAAGAUUGAACUUCUCAAUGGAGGGACUAAGUGUUUUAUUAAGUCUGAAGAUGAAAAUAAAAAUCAUUCUAAAGUAAUUACAAUAAAAUCACUUCAAUCUUUGAUUUAUAAUCUUUUAUUUUAAGAGAGUACCUAUAUGUUUUUAUAUUAGGUAUUCGAUUUAUAUAUAAUAUGAAGUUUUUAAAGUAACAACUUUUUAGGAAAUAUAGGAAUUACAAAUUUGGAUAAAUUGUUAUCUUGCCAUUAUAGUUCGCUUACUGUCAUUGUUGUUGAUGUUGAAAAAUAACUUUUGUAACUUUUGGUAUCCUAAUAAUGUCGAAUUAGUAUCCUGUGAUUUUCUUAUAAUAUAAGCGUAAUUGUUUUUCGUAACAAAUCAAAUGAUAAUUUAGAUUUAUAAACUGGAGCAAACCAAGCGAGUGGCAAAAUCCUAAUUAAAUGCAAGGCAUAACAUAUUAAUUUAAUAGGUAUUGAGUAUUAUAUUUUUAACCAACUACCUAUUAUAAACAGUUUAUUUGAUAUGCUGAGUUAGGUUCUUAUUUGUAUAAGUAGCUUAAAACAUAAUGAAUUAGUUUUGUCAAAUAUAGGAAAACUUAACUUACUUAAAUUCUAUGAAAUUGCUACUAAAAAUAAAAAUAAUAAAAAUAAAUCAUUCAACUUAAAUAUACCUAUGUAGGUAUAUAAUAAUAAUAUUCCAAAAAUGUUCCUAUUACCUAUUAUAAAUAUAUUAAAAUGUAUUUAUUUUACUAGAAAAAAUCAAUCAUCAAAAAUUUUUAUUAAGUAUAAGACAAAAAAAAAUUGACAUAUUUUACAUGAUGGGUAAUUUAAUAAAUUACACUCUGCUCAUAAUCUAUAAUCACUAGGAAAUUAGAUAAUGUUUCUAUUGCCUGUCUUUUAAUAGGUACCUACUUCUAAAUAAAUAAAAAUGACCUUCCACUUCGUAUUUAAAAAGAAUUAUCUUUAUUAUUUAUUUAGAAAUAAAUCUUUUGCUAAGGUUCAAUAUAAAUUUGACAGUCUUAUAAAUUUUAAAUUAUAAAUGUUUUGAACAGGUUUUUAAAUAGUUUCCUUAUUAAAAAUAAUCAAGAAAAUUUACUUACCUACGUAUUUUAAUUUAAUUUAAUUUAAUUUUUUUUUUAGGAAAUAAUUGUUAUUGAUAAUGGUGUUGUUAAUGAAAAUAGUCUUAAAGAAUCUGCUACUUCAGCAACAAUUUUAGAAAACUGUAUUAACGAGUCUAAUGAAGACAAAAGUUCUAAAGAAUCAGCUACUUCAGUAACAUCUUUAGAAACCUGUACUGACGAGUCUAAUAAAGAUAAUAGUUUUAAAGAAUCUAUUAUUUUAGAAACAACUCUAGAUAAUUGUAUUGAUGAUUUGAAUAAAGGAAUUAGCAAUGUGGAUACUACAAAAAUCGAUGAAAAUGUUAUGGACAUCGAUGAUAGUGAUUCUAUGACUAUAGAUUCAGAUCUUCUAAAUAAUUCAGUUAAUUCUACUUCAGAUAAUGGAAAAACAGAAAAUACUACACCAACAUCAAAAGAUUCCAAACAUAAAAGAAAAAGACCAGAAUCUGCAAAAAAACAAGAAGAAAGACUGAGACUUAAACAAGUUAGUACAUAGAACAAGUUUAGAAUACAUCUUAGUUUACAGUUUAAGUGUUUUUUUUAAAUUUAUGUUUUUUAAUACUGGUUCUGAUAGUGUUAUCAGAAAUAGCUACUUUUUGUUACUUUUUGAGUCAAUGUAGAAACACUCUAAAAUUUGUAAUUUUUCCGAAAUCGACUUAUUUUGUUUUUAAUUAUGAGUUUUUUUUAAAUUGAUUAAUCUGGCUGUGAAUUUAUAAUUCAAAUUGUAUAAUUUUACUUUUCAAGUAAAUAAAUAAUAAUAAACCAUUAGAAAAUUAAAUUUUUUUUUAGCAUGCCAAAGGGAGCUAAGGGUAGCUAGAGAUCUGAUCAGAGGGUUUCAGAGUUUUUAAACUGAAUAGAAUGGUUUUAUAUACAUUCUGAAAUUUCCUCUUCUUCCAAACAAUUGUAACCCUGUUAGAGAAAUUACUUUAUAUAAAGUAUUUCAAUAAAACAUGUUGUACAUUUUAGUUUUUUUUUUUUUUUAUUUUACCAGUCAAGUGCAAGUAGCCAUUUUUAAAUUUUAGAUUCAGUAUUAAAAACAUAUUUUGGAAAAAAAAAUAUUUGGGCCAUAGACUAUAUUUACUUAUGCCUAUAAUUUUUACUAUACUAUAAUUAUUAAUUAUUGAAGUUUAAUUCUUUGAAAUUAAUUUUGAUUUCUUAAAAGGAAAAAGAAAAAGCCCGAGAAGAAAAGCUUGAAAAACAACGCCUAAAACAAAUAGAAAAAGAACAAAAAAGAAAUGCUGAAAUUGAGUAUGUAUAAUUUUUAAACUAAAUUAGUAUUACAUCAUAUGAUAAUUUUUUUUAUGUGUUACAUUUCAGAGCUAAACGUUUACGCGAGGUGGAAAAAGAGAGAGAAAAAAAACAAAAAGAAGAUGAAAGAAAAGCUAAAGAGUUAGAAAAAGAAAGAGAAAAAAAUCAAAAAGAAGAAGAAAGAAAAGCUAAAGAGUUAGAGAAAGAGAAAGAUAGAAAGCAAAAAGAAGAAGAAAGGAAGGCAAAAGAAUUAGAAAAAGAAAAGCAAACUAAAGAAAAGCUUUUAAGAGAUGAAUUAGAAAAAAAAAGAAAUGAAAAAGUAAAAGCAGCUUUUGUUGGAUUUUUUAAGCCAAAAAGUUUGAUUUUAGAUAAUUCUGUAAUAAAAGAAGAAAUAAUAGAUCAAAAUCAAAAAUCAUAUUUUAUGCCUUUCCAGGUAAUACAAUUUUACUUUAUUCUUUUAAAUUUAAUUUUGAAAUAAUGAUUAUGUUAAAUCAUUUAUCAAAAUGUUGCAUAGCAAAAACAUAUACUAAAAUGUUUAACCGCAUUGAUAACUUAUUAGUGGUCAUUAUUUUGGAUGUUACGUAUUAUUGACCCCCUUAUUUUCCAUCCACAACUAUAUCUGACUGACAAAAUCCAAUAUGUGACAAUUCUAAAUUCCUAUUCUAAUUAUUUUAUUUUUUUGCUUUUUCUGUACUUCUUAAUCAUGCCCAGUUAUUUUUGUCAAUGAUAUGAAACUUUAUUUCUUUAUUUAUUUUUAUGUUUUUCUCUCUAUAAUUAUCAUCUCUUACGGUCAUAUCUAAAUUUGUUGGUUGUUUGGUGCUUAUGGCCUCCAUCUCAACAGCAUUAAAUGCUUUUAUAACCUUUUCUGUAUUUAUACCCCAAUUAAAUUUAUACAUCAUUUAAAUGACCAAUGUAUCGCAUCUGCUUGAUUUUGGUUUAAUCCUUACUAAUGCUCUUUGUCUCUUCAGAUAUACUAAAGAAACUUGCUACAAAUUCCUUUAACUUCUAUAAUAUACUAAUUGUUUUAAUUAAAAACUUAACUUUUAUAAUCUUUAAUUUUUAAAAUAAAAAAAUUGGUAUUAUAUUGUACUUAGUACUUAUGUGAGCAUUACAAUUUAUAGGAAACGAAAAAUAUUGAUAGUUUAUUUAUGUUACUUUUAACCUUUUGGUAAUUUGAAAUACAGUGCAUAAUGAAUAUAUUUAUAUUCCGGUAAAAUAUGAUGUUCAUAUAGGAAUAGGGAAAUUUUGUCAUUUCCCCUUUUAAAAGUUUAUAAAUGUUCAACAUUAACCUGGUAUAUAACAUUCAACUCCAAACUGUACAUAUUGUCUGGUCAUUAAGGUCAAUAACUGAGUUAAACACUGAUGUUCAUUACACUCUUUGGUUCAUUUUAUUAAUCGUUAAAUGUCCAGUUACAAGCCUUGGAUGAUAACUAACUGUAGAUUAAAGAGAUAUUAUGAUUUUAUCAAUUAUAUUUAUUUCAAUUAAUUAUUAUAUGUAAUAUCUUUUAUUAUUUAAAAAAAAUUAUUUCUAAUUUUUACUCAGUUUUCACAAAAAUACUUUUUUUAUGUAUUUAACAGACCAAACAAGAUAUGAAAUUAGCACCUUCUUGUAGAGUUUAUUUAAACAGUGAUAAAAAAAAAUAUAUAGAUACAUGUGUUAAUCAAUGUGAAGAAAAUAAAGAUUUAUUAUAUUUAAAUUUAUUAAAAACUGGAAAAUACAAACCUUUAAAAUCAGAAGCAACUUGGCCUGUUUAUGUUGAAGAUGAUACAGAUGUUAUUAUUAUUGGUAUGUAUUUUAUUUUUUUAAUUAUUUCAUCCUUAUUAAAGUUUUUUUAAUUUAACAGAUUAUUAAUUAAAAUGAUAUAAGUUUCAUGUUUCAUUAAUAAAUGUAUAUUUUGGUCACAGGGAAGAAGUCAGUUUUUGUUAUUUGUAAUUGUUUUAUGUAGGUAAUUUUUUAAAUUAUUUUUUUGUCUAAAUGAUAUAAGUUAUACUGAAAAAUAAAAUAUUAUAUGCCACUAUUAUGUAUUUUUUAUUUGGCCAGAAAGAUAUAUCAUGUAAUCAUAUGACUUUAAACCAUUUAAGCUGGGUUGCACACUAAUUAUAUUGUACAUAUUUUACUGACACCUGUUCAUUUUAAUGAUUAUAACAUGUAGCACUGUUGUAUGAACAAUUUUGUAAUAAAUCUGUAAUUUGGUUACUGGUUACUAUGGUUACUGGAUAAAUUAAACAAUAUAUAGGUACUUCAUUUCUUCAAUAACAUUGAUAAUAUUUACCUUAAAAUUGUUCUGUAAGAAGUUGUAGAUUUGGAUGUGGUUCUGUAAAUUGCAACCGCAUCUAAGUAUUUUAAGUGGCCAUCUAAGCUACCUAAGUGGUUUACAAAUUACAAGUCUGUAAGUGUGCUAAUGGUUUUGUAAGUCAUUACAGAACGUUUAUGCAACCUUGUUUGAGAAUGCCUGUAUUUAGGUUAGGUCAAUUUUAAAAAGGAUAGAUCGCACGUGGGUGUAGUCAUUUUUGUUGGUGGGAAGUUGAGAAGAUAGGAUACAGACGAGAAUUUUAUGUAUAUCUGUAAUCAUUGCUAACGAAAAAAAAUGAUUCUAAGCGGAGUUCAGUUGAUAGUGUUGGUUUGUCAACAAUAUUUGUCAUAUUAUAUAUUAUGGUAAAAUAUGAAAAAUGGUAAAAUAAUUAUAACAAUGUGUGUUUCCAUGACAACAAUGAUUGUUUUAAAAGAUAAAAUAUCAAAAAAUAAUUAAAAACGAUUGCCAAUGACAACCUUAUUUUAAAUUCUAAGUAGAAUAAUGAUUGUAUUGGUUUUAUAAUGAUGUUUAUUAUUAUUAUUUUUUUUUAUGGAAAUACUUUCUACCAGAUAGCAUAUUUUGAUUAUCAAAUAUAGCUUUUUUUCUGAAAUUUUCUCUGGGUGGUACUUUAGAGAGGUCAUUUUUUGAAAUUCUCAUUAAUAUUCGAAAUAAUGUGGAAAACCUCGGUCUUUAGGUUAAAAAGAUUGAAAGAUAUAAAAUGAAAUAAGGUUGUCAUUGAAAACCUUUUUUUAUUUGUUUUUUGUUAUUAUUAAGUUUUUAUUAUUUUGAAACAAUCACUGUUGUCAUGGAAACGAACAUUAUUUCAAUCAUUUUAUCAUAAAUUACUUAAUACCAUUUAUUGCAUUUUUGACAAAGCAACAUUAACAAUUGAAUUCAAUUUAGAAUCGUUUUUUUGGUUAGCAGUGGUUUAUUAUUGUUUACAGAUAUACAUUAUAUUCCCGUCUGUAACCUGCCUUCCCAACUUUUCACCUACAACAGUGGCUGCAUCCAUGUUCAAAGUAUGUUUGUCCUUUGUAAUUUUUAAAUCUUUUUUUAACUUAAAGAACAAUGUUUUUCUCAUUAUCUCGAAUAUUAAUGAGAAUUUCAUCCGCUCCACAUAGAAUCUAAAAUUGAAUUCGCUUGUAUUUAAAACUAUAUACAAGAAUUGAUUCAAUCUUCUCUGGGACUAAUUGUUACACACGUAAUUGACAAAGAUUCCCAAUAAAAAAGACCAUUUCUCGAUUGUUUUCAUUUUUGAAUUGUGACUAUAUUUUUAUAAGAAACAAUUUAUCUCUAUCACCCAUGAAAACUGAUACGACUUUUUUCAUUGCGGUAAGGGGCUUAUUAAUUUUAGUUCUAAAUAAUAAAAAUGUAUUUUUGAUCAAUCAAAAUUAAUAUUUAAAACUAAAUUACAAUUUAUUUAGAAACUGGUUCAGCAAACAGUGAAGAUGAAAAUGUGAAUAAAAUUAGUACUAGAUCAAAGAAUUGUUGGAAAUUAUUACAGUUUAAAGAAAAUAAACGCCCUCCAUAUUGGGGAACAUGGAGAAAAAAAAGUCUUUACGUUAAACCAAGGAGACCUUUUGCUUGUGAUAAAGUACAAACAAUUUUUUUUAAUGAUAUGGAUCUUUUUUGUUUUAUUACCAUUGAAUUUUAUUUUUUAUUAGAUAAUGUUUGACUAUGAAAUAGAUUCUGAUGAUGAGUGGGAAGAAGAAGAUCCUGGGGAGAGUAUACAUGGUACUGAUGAUGAAGAAGAGCCUGAAGAUGAUUAUGAAGUUGAUAAUGAUAUUUUUGUACCACAUGGCUAUUUAAGUGAUGAAGAAGGUGAUCAUGAUAGUGAUAAUUCUGUAAGUAUAAAGUUUUUAAAUAACAAGAAAAACAUAAUAAUAUUUUUACCAUUGUUAUUAUUUUAAAGUCUGAGGAAACACAAAAAGAAAAGCUCAAGUUGCUAGGUGAAGAAUUUGAAGCAGAAAUUAAAAAAAAAACAGAACGUAUUAAACCACGACUAGUUGGUUGUAUAUGGGUACCUAAUAAUGUUAUCAACCUAGAAAAUGGUACAUUUUAAUAAUGUUUUAAAAAUAUUUUUAAUAUUAAUUAAACUGAAUAUUGUAUUUAAUUAAAUAUAUUCAAAAUAUUAUAAAUACAAUUUCAGUUAGCAAAUCUGUAGCUGAUACACUUUUAAAAUAUCGUUGUGUUUGGGACAAUGAAGAACCCAUUAUAACAGAUACACCGACCAUAAUAGAUUCAUCAAAUGAUAUGAUAUCAGAAAACAAAAAGACUGCAUUACUUCCUGAUUCAAGUAUAUAUACUUUUUUUUUUUUUAGUAUCAUAAAAUAUUUUUUCAGAUAUACCUAGUUGAUUAAAAUUGAUCUUUACAUUUUAAAUAAAAUUUACCUAACUGUUUUUAAAACGUUAAUAUUUUAUUUUUAUUUUUUUGUUCUAUUUACACAUUUUUAUUAUUUUAUAUUCUGAUUAGAGUGAAGAAGCUUAUCGUUUUACAAAGAUUUUUUAUUAUUUUUUAUUUGUUAACAACUUUUCUACACACAAUUUUGCUCCAACUUUUAAUGAUAGAAAUGUUUCUAAAAGGAAAUUUCACCGGGGAGGUACUUUAGAGAAGUAGUUUUUCGUUUUUCUUAGAAGUUUUUCCAACAAAUGUUGAUAAAAUAAAGAAAAACCAAGAAUAUCGGUACAGCAUUAAAUGAAUAUCAUUAAAGAAAAUAUAUAAAGCCUAUUUAAUUACUUUACUAUAAAAUGAUAUGUAUAUUGUUGACAAAGCAUCACUAUUAACUGAACUCCGUUCAGAAUCGUUUUUUUGUAAGCAAUGGUUUAUCAUUGGUAUACAUUAAAUUAUUCAUAUAUAACAGUGGCUACACUUGUCCCCAUUAUCUUAGGACGUCUUUUUAUACUAUUAGCAUUUAUUUAAAGACUUCACAUAUCUUUUAAAAUAUAAAUGUAUUUUUCAUUACAUUUUCAUUUAAAUUUUUUAUGAAAUAAUUUUUAGUAUUCAAAUUAUUGAUACUAAAAAUUAAUAAAAUAUUACUUUAGAAAAUCUGUUUCAUUUAUAAUCAUAAUUUAUUAAUUAUUGAUAUUUUUUUGUCUAUAAUUUAGUUAUUCCUGAUCUUAUUUCAUUUGUACAUGGUAAAACAAAUUUCAAGAAAAUUUCUAAGGAUUUUUUUAAUGAGCUUGUUAAUAAUGGCCGUAAUAUUGUUGAUGAUAGUUCAAUUUCUUUAGCUAUGAUUAAAAAUACUAUAUUCUCUAUUGCGACAAAAUCUACACAUGCUGCACCAUGGUAAUAUAACACUUAAAUUAUUUUAUUCUGUAUUAACUAAAAAAAAAAAAUGUAUAUAUUUUUAUUUAGGUUUGUUACUAAAGAUAAUUUUGAGAAAUAUGGAAUUGAGUACCCUAACAAUGUGGAAACUGAUGUUUCAAAAUUAACUAAGUCUACAGUUAAAAAAAUAACAAGUUUUUUGACACCUCAACACUCUAAAAAAGAUCCCAUUUUAGUGGAAAAGUAAUUUUGAUAUUUUAUUAUUUUGUGUUGUAAAAUUAUAAUUUCAAUCCUAAAUUACAAUUGCUGUUGUUUAUCAUUAGACUUUGUACAGAAGUUGAUCAAAGUAUGACUGAGCCAAAGAAAUUAUUUAAACAAGAACAAAAAGUUAAUAUUGUUGAUGGAAAAAAAAGAAUUACACCAAUAUCUUUAUCGCCCAAAAAAAAAUUGAAGUUGGUUAUAGAAAAAAAACCAAGAGAGCAAUCUUGGAGUCCCGAAAUGAAUACAACUUGCCAAGGGAAAUUAGUUCCUAAUGAUACAGACACAGUUACAUAAAAUAUUCGUAAAUAUAUUUAUAACUGUUGAUUUAUUUUUAUUUAAUUGAUUGUAGUACUUUAUUUAAUUUUAAGUUUUUUCUCGUGAAUUUAGGUAGCUGUUAGUCAUUAAUGGACAUUAAUGACUAACUACUAUAUUUUGUAAAAAAUAUGAUUUAUUAAACUAAACAUUAUUUAAACGGUGUUUAUAUUUAAAAUUAAAACUGGUUUUAUAUGUUGAAUAUUCAGACUGAAAUCUGUGAAUUUAAUCUUCAGAAAAUACUUUAAAUAUUUUAUUUAGAUAAUCAAACAGUUUAAAAAAAAAAUUAUAUUAGUAGAAAUAUUUAAUCACAUAUUUUAAAAAAUCUAAGUAUCAAUAUAUUUUUGAUUGUAUAGGUUAUAUUGUCUACUUGUUUAUUAAAUUCUUUAAUUUAUAAAUAUUAAUUAAAUAACCAUUAAAUAGUCAAUUUGUGAAAAGUUUAUUGGAGUGCAAUUUUGAACCUAUUUCAUUGUAUUUAAUAAUAUUAAUCAUCUAACAACAGGUAAUAAUUAUUAUAUGGGGAC